AUGGCGUCGGAAGCAUGCGGCUGGAGCAUGGGCUGGCUGUACAUGCUUGGACUACUCUCGCUCUGUGUACAUGUGGCCACGGCGGCGUCGCCCAUGGCCACGACCAUCGAGUACAGCUUUGACAAGGUCCGCGCCGGCGGCGUCCUCGGCUCGAUCCACGUCGUGUACCCGACGCCGUCCUCGACCUUGGUCACGAUCCUCGCCGACAUUGACAUGCGCGCGCUCAAUAUGACACAAGUCCACGCCUUGCACCCGAGCUGCGGCCACCACAUCAAAGAGUACAAGUGGUAUCUCGUCGUGAACGAAAUGGGCAUGGUGCCCAUCGUCGGCUUCCUCGACAAGUGCGACCACUUGGACUUCACGCGCGUCGUCGCGCCGCCGACGGUACCUUCGCCAUGGCCUCUCGAAGCGUGA